AUGGCUACUGCAGGCCCAUCAGAAUACCGCUCGGUCACAGACCAAACCCGGCUGGCACAAAACUCUCACUCCGCAGAUUCUGCUAGUCAGCCAUCACCACUUCAGAUGUCACUGAGGAGGCCUUCCACAUGCCAAUCUCCGACCGCGAUACCGAAACCGUCAUUGGAAAACCCAUCAAGCCGUCGAAGUUACUCACGCACAUCAUCGGUGUCUUCAUUAAAGUCAUCAUCUGGCCCAUCAGGGCCAUGCUCACCUGAUAGUAGCCCUGUGAGCUCUGUCCGGGAAGUUAGCAUCACAGAUGCAGAAGCCAAAGAACCAGAGCCAGACUUACCAAAGGCACCGGAACAUUUCACCAGAGCUUUCAGUAUCCCCAAAACAUUAUUUGAUAUUUAUGAGACCUCUCGAGAAUGGCACUUCGGCUUCACACCUAUGCAGAACGUGCACGCCCUAAAGAUGGAGCUCAAUGAAGCGAACCUCAAGCGUGAAAAGGCUGAAAAACAGGUGAGAGAUCUCACUCAACGUCUAAGUUCAGUCGCGGAACCAGGACCGAAGAUUCAGUCCACAGAGAGUGAACGAAAAUGUUCAGAAGGAGCAAAUGUCACACCUUCGAAACUUCGCAAAGAGCGAGACGCGAGACUAAUAGAGUUGAUUGAGAAGAAGGGCAAAAUACCGCUUAAAAAGAGGUUCGAGGAACUAGUGGGUUGGUGUCAGAAGAUUGAGGCUGACAUUGACGCUGCUCAAGACCGCAACAUGUUACUUUUUGAUGAGCUUGGAGAAGCAAGCAAAGACAUCACAAGACUUAAAAAUGAGAAAUUGUCGCUUGAAACCAACAAAGAAAAACUUGAAAAGCAACUCGAACAGAGCCGCAAGCAGACUACGGUGGCUAAUGAUGAUCAAACAUCUGCGGUCCCGAUUGCCAAGCCCCCACAGUCUCUAGCUCCCCAAAAUGAUCAAGAGAACCGGCUUGGUGAGUUACAGCGAGAAAAUGAGCGGCUUCGGCUGGAAAACGACGUGAUGAGAAACGGUCUCGAGCAACCUCAAAGCCAAGAUAGCCCUCCAGAGGAACCAGAGACUCAACUCAAUGACGUAACUCCAGAAGUCGCGCAAGCCUGGAGUGCAGACCCUGGGGUCGAGGUUCAAGGCGCUGAUGCCAACAUAGGAGGUAUUACGGCCGGACAAGACUCCGUGGGACCGCAAGAUAUCGAGGUCACAGUGAUCCCAGUCACACCUCCAGCAGCAUCAGAAGCACGAGAAAUUUUGCACGCCGACGAGAUAUUCGACGACACGAGCGGCAAAGACGACGAGAGCAGAGGAGAUUAG